AUGGAUCCUGCGGCCGCCCAGCUUGCCAACGCCGUCACCGAGCGUGUAAUCAUUCCCGUCAAGGGUGGCAUUGAUGACUGGAAAGAGCAGUUGAAGUCCAUGCUUCAAGUCCUCCAGAACCAGCCCGGAUAUCUCCGCACUCGAUGGGGCCCAUGGAGCGAAGAUCCGCAGAAGCUGGAGCUCCUCGCUGGUUGGAUCAACGCUGAGGCAAGCGAGGCCUGGAAGAGGACGAGGGACUAUGCCGAUGCCAUGGCCAAGCUGGCGCCCGUGCUGAGCGGACAACCCACGAGCUACCUCCUGCAGUUCAAGCCCUUCGCGCCGCAGGCCGUCAUCAACUCGCCCAUCGUCGAGACGCUGAGCUUCGAGGGCUGCCGAGAGCCGGAAGAGAGGAUGCGCGAGAUUGUCGAGAGGGCGAAGGCGAUGCCCGGGUGCAACGGCGUAGCGAGCGGGUUCUCGCUGUGUAGGAACAGUUCCGGAGGAGGUCCAAGCAGCAGCAGCAGCGGCGGCAUGGCGAGCGGGAGUGCGAGCAUCGGUGGCGGCAACGGCGGCAGGACCUUCGUCGCGGUCAUCGGGUGGACGGGGGUCGAGGCAAGCCGGAGGGCGAACAAGGCGGCAUACACGGGCGGUAUGAAAACCGAGAGUCACCACGUCAACUUUACAUUUCCCGUCAAAGGAUUUGGAGGAUUAUAG